AAAACACGACCAAACCAACGUUCACGGGCUGCAGCCGUUGACAGUGGUCCGACUCAUGGAGGAAGAUAACUCCCAAAUACUGGAAAAUGCUCACUCUGAGUUUAAAAGGAAGAAUUUCAAACAGGCCGAGGAACUGUACACGAAGUUUAUCUCUUCCUGCUUACAGUCCAGGGGGUGUGACGCUGGUAAUCUGGCCACCGCUUACAACAACCGCGGGCAGAUAAAGUACCUCCGGGUGGACUUCCAUGAAGCUGUAGAGGAUUACACCUGCGCAGUAGAGACUGACAGCCAGUUUGAAACACCUUUCUACAACAGGGGACUCAUCCAUUAUAGAUUAGGUUUUUUCGACGAUGCCAAGAGUGACUUCCAGCAAGCAUUAAAGCUCAAUCCAGAUUUUGAAGAUGCCAAAGUGAGCCUGCAACAGACUCUUCUGGACCAGCAGCACAAGAUAAACAGGGGAUACUGACAGCCUCAUAAAUUAUAUGUUUUAUAUAUCCUGAAAUCUGGUAACAUGUACAGUUGUUGUCAAAUCACUUUAAUAUCUGUACAGCUAUAACAAAUGAAGAGGUUGUGAUUUAAUCUGAAGAUUAACAGUUUUAGUGUUUAAAGAUAUCAGAAUGAAGAUGAAUUUUAACGUGAAACACAAACAGCAUAAAGCAAUCUGCACAAGGUAAUAGACUUUUAAAGGAUCAGCUGUAUUUCUGUUGAGUAAAGGCCUUGAUGAUUCUGCACUGACUCCUCCAGUUGGAAAAACUGGCCUCAUAAAUGAAAGUAUAUCUGUGUAGUGUAGUCUGUGAGUGGACUGUGCAGACUGAUCGACCCAGGCGCACCAGGUAAAACGAUGAGCUUGGGUUUUACUGCCAGUAAUAAAGACACUGGGCCGAGGUUUGUGACUAUAAACUGAAACCAUAAUCAAACGUUGGCGUACAGUCACGAUACGAAGUCUCUCAGCUGCAAAGUAAAAACAGGUUUUGUGUCUUAAAGAGAAGUCGCAGUUCAAGUCUGCUUACGAGUUGAUAUUAGGUUACUAGGUUCCUUUGACACUUGACUUGAUGAAUAAUUAAGAAAAUUAUAUAUUUCUGAUGUCAGACACAAAUCAAUGUUUGUAAUCUGUGAACAAUAAAUUAUUUUUUACCGCA